AUGGCUGAUCGACGCAGAGGUCCCGGAAGGCCCAGGACGAGGAAUGUGGAGCCUGAGACUGAACCAGAGAAUGCGGGUGUGCCUUGGGUGCAGAUAAUGCAACAGAUGCAACAACAGAAUCAUAUGAUGAUGCAGAUGAUGCAAGGCAUGCAAGGGCAACAACCAACCGCUCCUGCUCCUACUCCUCAGGCUGCAGCAGGGCCUGACUUUCGUGCUUUCUUUCGGAUGGAUCCGCCAGAGUUCUUGGGUGGCUUAGAUCCCGUGAUUGCUCAUGACUGGCUAUAUGCUAUGGAGAUGAUAUUCCAGGCUAUUCAGUGCACAGAGGAAGAGAAGGUGAUCUUUGCUGCUCAGAAAAUGAAGGGGCCAGCAGGUAGAUGGUGGAAUACGGAGUCUACGUAUUUCACUAAUCAAGGAAUUCCAAAGGAUUGGCAACAUUUCAAGACAGCUUUCUUGGAGAAGUACUACCCCAACAGUGUACGUGCUUUGAAGGAGCGUGAGUUCCAGUCCUUCAAACAAGGCAACAUGUCGGUGUCUGAAUAUGCUGAGAAAUUCGAAGACAUGGCUGCCUAUUCUAGACAAGCGGCUUAUGCACCAGAUGAGUUGUGGAAGAUUGAUCAGUUCCUUAUGGGGCUGAAUGAUGAUAUUGUACACAGUGUGUCUCAGAGGGAGUUUACCACUUAUGCUGAGUGUUUGAGGCAAUGCUGUGUUGCCGAAAACACAUUGAAGAGGGUUCAGGAAGAGAAAGAGCAGAACAAGCCGGUUCGUAGGGAUCAAGGGAGGUCGGGACAGCAUUUGAAACCUCGCAAUUCUCCAUCUAUGAAGAAGCCAGUCUACGGAGAUCGCUCUAACCCACCUCCACAGUGUGGGAAGUGCAACAGGAAACAUUUUGGGCAUUGUAGACCGGAUGCUGGGGUCUGUUUCAGGUGUCAUCAGCCAGGACAUAUCGCGAGGGAUUGUACUGCCCCAAAUGUUCCAGAGAAGACUAAGGGCCGUGUUUUUACCUUGGAUGCUAGGAAGGCUCAAGGAAACACCAAUCUGGUUGCUGGUACGUGUUAUGUCAAUAAUCAACCCUUGUUUGUAUUAGAAGAUUGUGGAGCGACACAUUCUUUUAUCUCUUAUCAUUGUGUGCGGAGGCUUGGUUUUGAGACAAGUUUCCUUCCAAAUCCUAUGGUUAUUUCUUCGGCUACCGAUGAUGUAGUAGAAGCUCGGGAAAUUUGCAAGGAAUGUUCUAUUACAUUCAAUGGUCGUAGAUUCUUGAUUGACCUCAUUUGUCUACCGCUUAAGAAGAUUGAUGUAGUACUGGGUAUGGACUGGUUGUCAGCUAACUCGGUGUACAUUGGUUGUAAGGAGAAGGCUAUCUUCAUUCCUGCUGAGGAGACUACACCAACCAAUGCCAUUGAACAUCUCCUUGAAGGUACGAUUAACAUGAUCAAUUACCUUUUUGCUCAAGAGAAGUCUUUCCUUAUGGUUCUUAUGUCGGACUCUAAAGACAAGAAGAGUGUAUUGGAGAUUCCGGUUGUGUGUGAAUUUUCCGAUGUAUUUCUUGAGGAUGUUAUUUCUCUUCCGCCGGAAAGGGAAGUUGAAUUCUUUAUUGAUCUUGUUCCGGGUACCGCUCCAGUUUCUGUUGCCCCUUAUCGAAUGUCUCCUGCAGAGCUAAGAGAGUUGAAGAAUCAGUUAGAGGAGUUGUUGGCGAAACACUUUAUUCGUCCUAGUGUUUCUCCAUGGGGAGCCCCAGUCUUAUUAGUGAAGAAGAAGGAUGCAUGUGUGUUCUCGAAGAUUGACCUAAGAUCGGGAUAUCAUCAAAUUCGGGUUAAGAGUUCGGAUGUAUCAAAGACUGCUUUUAGGACGAGAUACGGUCAUUACGAGUUUUUGGUUAUGCCAUUCGGAGUGACCAAUGCUCCUGCUGUCUUUAUGGAUUACAUGAACCGAGUGUUCCAGCCGUAUUUGGAUCGGUUCGUGGUAAUCUUCAUAGAUGACAUCUUGAUCUAUUCUCGGACUAUUGAAGAGCAUAUGGAGCAUUUGAGGAUUGUGUUGUCGGUUCUUAGAGAAAAGCAGUUGUUUGCGAAGUUUAGCAAGUGUGAGUUCUGGAUGUCUGAAGUCAAGUUUCUUGGACAUGUCAUAUCUGGCGGCGGCGUAGCUGUAGACCCUUCAAAGGUAGAAGCAGUGAUAAAUUGGGAGCGACCCAAGAAUGCGACUGAAGUCCGUAGAUUCCUAGGCUUGGCAGGUUACUAUCGGAGGUUCAUUAUGGGCUUUUCCAAAUUGGCUUUACCUUUGACCAGACUCACAAGGAAGGAAGUUUCAUUCGAAUGGAAUUCAGAAUGCGAGAAGAGUUUUCAGAAACUCAAGGAGAAAUUAACUACAGCUCCAGUGUUGGUGAUCCCAGAUCCAAACCGAUCUUAUGAAGUGUUCUGUGAUGCAUCUAAGAAAGGUUUAGGUGGAGUGUUGAUGCAAGAUGGACAGGUUGUAGCUUAUGCAUCUAGACAAUUGAGAUCUCAUGAAGAGAAUUAUCCUACUCAUGACCUUGAACUCGCUGCAAUUGUAUUCGCACUUAAGAAGGAACUCAACAUGCGCCAGAGGAGAUGGAUGGAGUACUUGAAGGACUUUGAUUUUGAUUUGAAGUACCAUCCCGGUAAAGCUAAUAAGGUGGCGGAUGCCUUGAGUAGGAAAGAGGUAAAAGUUGCAGAGCUGAUGAUGUUGGAGUUUGGCCUUAUGGAGAAGUUCAGAAAUUUGGAUUUGCAAUUUGAGUGGGCACCGACGGGUGUAUUGAUAAGUAACUUGUGUAUUGAGAAUGAGUUGCGGGAAAGGAUCCGUCAAGCACAGUGGAGUGAUGUAGAAUUGCAGGCUAAAGCAAACCUUCCAGAUUUCGUUCGUACAUCAGAUGGACUCAUCCUUUUUAGACGAAGGAUGUGUGUGCCAAAUGACGCGGAGUUGAGGAGGUUAAUUCUAGAUGAGGCUCACAAGAGUAAAUUCACCAUCCAUCCCGGAUCGACCAAGAUGUAUCAAGACUUGAAAGGGAAUUUUUAG